CCCCACCGCCUCAUAAACCGCUCCCACCUCCAACACACCCCUCAUUGACGCUUCUCGACGAGUCGAGUACAUGCUCAAUUACGCUCGCCAGACACUUAAGAGAGUUCCGAGUUUUCAAGAGCUCUUACAGGGGACAAUGGGUUCUGCCAAGGAAGAAAUUAACGUCGACGUUCUCGUCAUCGGUGCCGGUCCUACUGGUCUCGGUGCUGCGAAGAGGCUCAACCAGAUCAAUGGCCCCUCAUGGUUGAUCGUGGACUCGAACGAGAUCCCUGGUGGUUUGGCUUCGACAGAUGUUACCCCAGAAGGCUUCCUCUACGAUGUCGGUGGCCAUGUCAUCUUCUCCCACUACAAGUACUUCGACGACUGCAUUGACGAGGCCCUCCCCAACGAGGACGACUGGUACACCCACCAGCGUAUCUCCUACGUCCGCUGCAAGAACCUCUGGGUCCCUUACCCAUUCCAGAACAACAUCUCCAUGUUGCCCAAGGAGGACCAGGUCAAGUGCAUUGACGGCAUGAUUGAUGCCGCGCUUGAGGCGCGUGUGUCCAACACAAAGCCCAAGGACUUCGACGAGUGGAUCAUCCGAAUGAUGGGAACUGGUGUUGCCGACCUUUUCAUGAGGCCAUACAACUAUAAGGUCUGGGCCGUCCCGACCACCGACAUGCAAUGCGCAUGGCUCGGCGAGCGUGUCGCUGCCCCCGACGUCAAGCGCGUCACCACGAACGUUAUCCUCAACAAGACCGCCGGUAACUGGGGACCCAACGCCACCUUCCGUUUCCCUGCCCGCGACGGUACCGGUGGCAUCUGGAUCGCCGUCGCAAAGACCCUUCCUGACUCCAAGAAGCGUUUCGGCGAGAACGGCACAGUUACCAAGGUCGACGCUGACAGCAAGCGUGUGACCCUCAAGGACGGAACUGUUGUCAACUACAACAAGCUCGUCAACACAAUGGCCGUCGACGCUCUCGUCGAGUCCAUGGGAGACAAGCAGUUGAUCAACCUCAGCAAGGGUCUCUUCUACUCCUCCACACACGUCAUCGGUAUUGGAAUCCGAGGAGAGCGCCCGGAGCGCAUUGGCGACAAGUGCUGGCUCUACUUCCCCGAGGACAACUGCCCCUUCUACCGCGCCACCAUCUUCUCCAACUACUCUCCCUACAACCAGCCUCAAAAGGACGUCAAGCUCGCCACCCAGCAGCUUGCCGAUGGCUCCAAGCCCAGCUCCUCCGAGCCCAAGGAAGGCCCCUACUGGUCCAUCAUGUUGGAAGUCUCCGAGUCCAGCAAGAAGCCCGUCGACCAGAAGAACCUCCUCCGCGACUCCAUCCAGGGUCUCAUCAACACCGAGAUGAUCAAGCCCGACGACGAGAUCGUCUCCACCUACCACCGCCGCUUCGACCACGGCUACCCCACCCCAUCCCUGGAGCGCGAGGGCGUCCUCAAGGAGCUCCUCCCCGCCUUGCAGGCCAAGGACAUCUGGUCUCGCGGCCGCUUCGGCUCCUGGCGAUACGAGGUCGGCAACCAGGACCACUCCUUCAUGUUGGGUGUCGAGGCCGCCGACAACAUCGUCAACGGCGCCGUCGAGCUCACCCUCAACUACCCCGACUUCGUCAACGGCCGCCAGAACACCGAGCGCCGUCUCGUUGAUGGUGCCCAGGCCUUCUCCCAGGCUAAGAACUAAGCCAGCUAGAGAUCUUAGACGCAAGAGGGGGAAACACGGGGGAGGGAAAGGCAGGCAGGCAUGGCAUGGCAUUACAUCGCACAUCCUUUUUAGAACGCCUUGAUGAAAGAGUAGAGUAGAAACAUGUCUUGGGAAGCAUUUUGGGAAACACACUUUGUUGAUGAUGCCAGGUGGAUAAAACAUAAACAUAAGGGUUUUUUAUGACGGUUAUUUUAAGUAUAGUACGGGAUACCACAAACGUUGUACACGUUUACGACAUCAGGAUGCACGAUGGGAAGAGGAAGAGGAAGAGGAGGGGGUGGGCUGAAAGGGGAGGAGGGAGGUGGUAGCAUCAUAGAUAGUAGAUAGAUAGUUAGAUGAUUCUUC